AUGCCGAUGAAAUUGGGUGAAGGUGGUGAAGCUUUCUUUGUGUUUGAAACAGAAAGUGCUGUUCCGAAGGCAUUGAUUACCUCGCCAGUGAUCUCUCCUAGUUCUUCUCCAUCCGACUCACCUCGCACCCCGGAAUCUAUCGGUGGCUCGGGGUUACAAGAACCUGAAUUCCUGGAUUUAGCUGGUGGUAGUGGGGCUAGUGGUGGCGAUUCUGGAUCUGGUAUUUUACCGGCAAGUCCCGGCAAAGCUCUGUCAGCGCUGUCCAAAUUUGUGGGAGUUGCAGGUGAAGAUGAUUCAAACUCUGAAGUUACUUCUGAUGAACCACCUACCGCAAGUCACAUACAUCAUGCAAUGACAAUGCCAGAGCAAAGCUCAAAGGAUGAUAAAAGAUCAUCGUGGUCAGCUCUCCAUUACGCAGAUACCAAUUCACACCCAUCAAGAAGCUCCAGCCCACCGCUUUCGAGGGAGGAAACGAUAGAGCGAGUUAAGAAACUUACGAAAAAACUCACCGAUGUCAAUAUACCCUCUAAAAUUUCCGAUAAUGGUGAUAUUAUUCUGGAUAUCACUGGUUACAAGUCCGGUGAAGAAGAUAUCAAACAUUCUGAUCAACUGGUACGUAAAAUCCUCAGUGACGAAUUCGGCAUAACUCCAGAUGGGCUUGAUUCUAUAAUUGGAGUUGAUAGCCAUGGAAAUCUUCGCAUUAGUCAUAGGGAUGAUGAAAGUGUCCAUUCAGCAUUGGAUGUAGCUACCCCUGAUACCGGCAAUACUUCAGGGGAUAAGCUUGGCGAGCACAGUACAGCAACUUCAACCCUUGGCAGUUCUCUACUUUCUCACCACCAAUUCAACUCUGAUCCCAAUCUUUCUAUUGCAAAUACAUCACCGCCAGCCUCUCCCAGUGGUUUAAGCAAAAGUGCGACGUUUGCCGGGACAACUGAGGAAGAGAACUCUUCACAUUAUGUCAAGACACUCCGUCUUACUUCUGACCAGUUGAAAUCACUGAACCUUCACUCUGGUGGAAAUGAUGUAUCAUUUACCGUUAACAAGGCCACAUGCACAGCAAAAAUCUUUUAUUGGUCUUGUAAAGAUCCGAUUGUGAUUUCUGAUAUUGAUGGAACUAUUACAAAAUCGGACGCUCUUGGACAUGUACUUACAAUGCUUGGAAGAGACUGGACACAUCUUGGUGUUGGUAAAUUAUUUUCUGAUAUUACCAGUAAUGGCUACAAUAUUAUGUAUCUUACCGCAAGAUCCGUUGGCCAAGCCGAUAGUACUAGAUCGUACCUAAGAAGUGUUGAUCAGAAUGGAUACAAGUUACCUGAAGGGCCGGUUAUUCUUUCGCCUGAUCGUACUAUGGCUGCUCUUCGUAGAGAGGUAAUUAUGAAGAAGCCUGAAGUUUUCAAAAUGGCUUGUCUACGUGAUAUACAAAUGCUGUUUGGGGCUCAUCAAGAGGAGACUCCUUUUUUUGCAGGUUUUGGUAACCGUAUCACUGAUGCUCUGUCCUAUCGAUCAGUAGGAGUGCCUUCUUCAAAGAUCUUUACCAUUAACGCUAACUCUGAGGUUCAUAUGGAACUUUUAGAGCUUGCUGGCUAUAAGAGUUCGUAUGUCAGUAUCACUCAAUUGGUGGAUCACUUUUUCCCUCCUGUCUUGUUGAGCUCUGGAAGACAAACACAGCAGACAUAUAAUGAUUUGAAUUAUUGGCGUGAGCCACUCAUUGAUGUUAGUGAUCUAGAGGACGAAGAUGAUGAUGAUAAUGGCAGUGGAAUUGUCAAUAGUGUUGCCACUAACACCAACGAUGCAUAUAGAAACAAUCACACUCAUGAAAAGGUCCGAGCAAGCCCCGCAGUUCAAAAGGUGGACCCUGAAGCUGAUGAUGAACUUGCAGAUGAAUAUGAUCCGUCUGUCGAUGAAUCAUAUGAUAAUGAAGAUGAUGAAGAAGAGGACGAAGAAGAAGAUGAAAAUGAAGAUGAAGAUGAAGAGGAGGAUUUCCAUGAGGCUACGACGGACAGCGAUAAUGAAGAUGGUUCCGGUAGUGAUGCCGAUUACGAUGCAGACGAGAACGAUGUGUAUGUUAAUAGCGAAGAAACUGUUACCAAUGAUGAUCAGGAUUCUUCAGAAGCUAAGACAGCUUCGACCGUCAAUGCAUUUCAAGAUCUGAAGCUCUGA